AAAAAAAAGGCAGAACAGUGAGUCAUUUAGACACAUGAUUUGGAAAAAAUGCAAAAUUUUAAAGAAUAAUUGCCAAAAUUCUUGAAUUACACUCGGAUACUGAUGGCAACACAUUCCAAUCUACCUUCGCAGAACCAGCUGCAGCAAAAUUUACAACAUCACAUCCAACAGUAUCAGAACUUGAAACAACCGACACAAAUCCAUCAACAGCAAACACCUAACCACUAUCAAGUUAUCCACCGAAGAGGAUUACAUGGACCUAUCAAGGGGAUUUUAUUAGACAUUAGCGGUGUCCUUAAGGACGGCGAUAUACCGAUCAGGGGGUCGGUUGAGGCUGUUAAAAGGUUGCAGAAAAGUAGUCUAAGGUACCGUGUGGUAACGAACGAAACACUUAAGCCAAAGAAGACUAUCCAUGACACACUGAACUUGCUCGGAUAUGAAAUAAAUGAGCAGCAUAUGUUCUCACCAGUACCGGCUAUGCUUGAAAUCUUGAGGAAGGAGGAGCUCCGGCCACAUCUCUUGGUACACCCAAGGAUGAUUGAAGAGUUUCAGGGAAUAGAUGUUGAAAACCCAAAUUGUGCGGUAAUAGGUGAUGCCGAAGAAUUUUUUACGUAUGAAUCACUUAAUGAGUGUUUUAGGAAAUUGAUAGCAAUGGAUAAUCCCUCAUUAUUCUCUUUAGGAAUUGGAAAGUAUUAUUUAGAUGAUGACGGUCUUGCUCUGGAUGUAGGAUCUUUUACAAAAGGAAUUGAAUACGCCACAGGAGUUACAGCUAGAAUAGUUGGAAAACCGAGUGCAGAAUUUUUUCUUUCAGCCGUACGAGACAUGAAAUUAGAGCCAUCAGAGGUUGUAAUGAUUGGUGACGAUAUAGAAAAUGAUGUUGGAGGGGCGCAAAAAUGUGGCAUACGGGGUGUAUUAGUAAGGACAGGAAAGUUCAGGAAAAGUGAUGAAAGACAUAUAGUAAAACCAGAUGCAAUCUUUAACAAUCUUCUCGAAGCAGUGACGGUUAUACUUGAAAAAUGUCAAUUUAAUAGUAAUUUUGGUCGUGCUUGAGGCAUGUCUACAAAAACGCGCUAACAAUAUGAAUUGAAUUUCAGCAAAUAAAUACAAGCAUUAAAUUUA